GGAAACUGUAAAUUCUACUUUAACGUCCUUUUAUCGCCAUGAACGAAUCCGCCUGCGAUGUGAUGGAAGAUUGGUGGCAAGAGUAUUCGGUGUAGUGUGAAUAAUUGUGACUUGUGCAUCGUUCGUUGUGCGGUGCACGCGAUCGACUACGACUGCGAGAAAAGUGGCGACGGUGGCGGCGACGAGAGACAAAGACGGACUCUGCGAGGGAACGGUGUUACGUGUUUCGUGAGCCUCGUCGGUGUUGUGCUCGCCAUGACGUUGCUGUGAAAUCGUAUUUCAAUAAUAUCAAUCCCGAUGUUGGUCAUAGGAUUGCGCCAAUGUAACUUUCAUGCUUUUAACGAGGAGGAGAGAACCCGGGGCGGCGGCAAUUCGUGGAUACCGAAGAAAGCUUCAAACGCGUUUGAAGCUUUCGAGGUCGUAUUCAUGGAACUAUGAACCUGGACUCGUUGUCUUUUACUUUGUCACAAAUCAGUUAUUUGGUUGCGAAUUUGAGUAAGAAAAAUUUCGAGGACAGCUGUCAAGAGUUAUCGGGAUUGGUGCAGUUGCAUGGUCUGGAGGCAGACCGACACUUGUUGCGCUGUCUGAUCUCGUAUGUUGACUUCUCCAAGGGUGAAUUAGCAGAUUUGAGUGCUAAGGAUUACUUCCAAGCAAAGCUGCUGAAACAGGAGUGCAACACCUUACUGAGCAAGCCUUCUUUUAUAUCCAAUCUGUGCUCUGCCAUAGAUAAUCCGUUACAUUGCCAAAAGUCGUUGAAUCCUUCCAACCCAAAGUUUUUUGCGAAUCUAAAAAAGACACUUGGCUUAACCUUGGUGCAGGAAGUUGCCUUCGCAAUCGCAUUACAGCAUUCAGAGGAUAGUGAAAUACGUGCGUUAGCCUUGGAGCACACUCAGAAGCAAUUACCCGAGCUGAUAAAGAAUUACAUAAAUUCUGAAACGAGCAACAAACAUCAGGAGGGCGGUCUACACGAUUCUUUGCCUCAGGUCCUCCAGUUGAUACUUUGCCAGGUUUUUCACGACACCAAUCCGUACAAGCUACCGAGCGAGGAUAAAAAAGACUUUCUCAAGAACUUACGACGCGAUUUUCCUCGUGAACUGGUGCCGGUGGUGUUAGCGCCAUUCCUGUAUCCGGGGGACUGGGAAACUCCGCAGUUCAAAAUCGAGCUAAACAUGGCUGUCAGUCAAAUGGACGGUAACUCCUUGGUGGAGCUAAUUAUGGAAUUAGGAUACAGCUUUACUAGUAGCGUGGAAGAAUGUCGGACGGCAUUGGCAGGUUUGGGCGCGAGGGAGAUCUCGCCGACCUGCGCUGCUCGUGUGUUGUCACACAUGGCACAUAGUUGUAGCAAUCUCGACGAUGCUGGAGGCUUACAGUCCUUUUGGGGCAAUUCAGCUGCCCCACAGGACUCCAACAAAGAGAAACCGUCGGAGACUACCACCCCCACUACGUGGAACGUUGAAGUGUUCAUUCAAGCUUUAAAAGAAAUACAGUCUACGUUAUCGUGGAACGACGUUAUUGUAAAGCUGGAUCAUGCGGAUUUUAUCAUCAAGGAUAGACAAGGUUUAAGUUUACUGAUCACGGGUCUUAAGCUCGGUCUUCAGCAUCAGGGAUAUCCCCCCGACAUGUUCCCCGUCGAACUAUUCUAUCGGCACUGGGACAACGUAGAGGGCCAGUUUUCUUUAAUUCAACAGAUUUUGAAGUGUCCGGACAUAUUUUGCUUCGCCGAUUACCCGUACCAUUCUGUGACGGUUGACGUACUAAAAGCAGCCCCCGAGGGUGAUAGCAAAGAGGCACAAACGUGGCGAUCGCUCAACAUCGUCGAGCUACUCUUGCACAUGGCCGAGAGAGGCUUGUACAGUCCUGUACAGGAGAUAUUCAAGUGGCCCAUUCAGCAUUGUCCGGAUGUACUCGUCUUGGCGUUACUGCAAAUUAAUCCACCUAUCACGAUACUGAGACAGGAAUUGCUUAGUACACUGAUGCCUAUAUUCCUAGGCAACCAUCCUAAUUCAGCUGUGAUCCUACACCAUGCGUGGCAUGCCAACAAUGUCAAGAUAAAAACCAUCAUAAUGCAUGCUAUGGCAGAGUGGUACAUACGUGGCGAUCACGAUCAAACAAGAUUAUCGCGCAUAUUGGACGUCGCCCAAGAUUUAAAGGCGUUAUCCGCGUUACUAAAUGCACAGUCCUUCCCAUUCGUCAUCGACCUUGCAUGUUUAGCUUCUCGACGAGAAUAUCUGAAAUUAGAGAAAUGGCUGACAGACAAAAUUCGCGAUCACGGCGAAGUUUUCAUUGCCGCUUGCGUGAAAUUCUUGCAAAGGAGAUGCCCCCAAGUCAUGGGUCCCGGUAUAAAAGAGGACCCAACGAUCCCUAAGGCUAGUCAACUGCCGCAAGAAACGCUCACCACGAUACUGGCUUGCUUGCAAGUUUGCACUGGAAAUGUUUCUCAGGAACUAUCGGAAUUAAUAAUGACAAUGGUACAGAAUUGCAGCCUGAUGUUGAGUAAGAACACUAUGAAUCGAGCACCACCACCAGGUGUACUGAGGCAUCGAGGAUUGGAGCCGUUUAAUCCAGCAACUUUAGGCAGCCAACUUUUCUCUUCGAAGCAAGUUGAUCCCCUCGGCAAUCUCAGUUCGAGCUUGGCUUCCAUGGGUCUUGGUACAGGUCUUGGACCACCGAGUAGCUCUGCUUUUAACUUGCCCGGCGCUCUAGGACCUCUAGUGUCGGCACCCGGCUCUCCAUCGCGACUCAUGGGGCCUUCGCCAAGUCCGUUUCCGAUGUUGCCGUUAUCCUCGCAAUUACACUCGGGUCCGGUUGGCACUCAAGGACCGUCUGUGCUUCCUGGUGGCACGACCAUCGGUGGAUUGGGACGUCUCGGACCGCCAGCUGGCAUUGAGAAAGCGAGAAUGCCGGAAACCUCCAAUCUCUUCCCGGAUAUGGGGCAAAAUGUGUCGAAAGAGGUCGAGGAUGAAGCAAACAGUUACUUUCAACGUAUAUACAAUCAUCCGCCUCACCCAACCCUGUCGAUCGACGAGGUGCUCGACAUGCUGAAGAAGUUCCAGGACUCGGGCAGCAGAAGGGAGAGAGAAGUCUUCAAUUGUAUGCUGCGAAAUCUGUUUGAAGAAUACAGGUUUUUCCCCCAGUACCCGGAAAAGGAACUACAGAUAACAGCGCAAUUAUUCGGUGGGAUUAUCGAAAGAGGACUGGUCAACAGUUACAUGACCCUCGGACUUGCAUUAAGAUUUGUGCUAGAUGCGCUUAAGAAACCGGAUGGUAGCAAAAUGUACUACUUCGGCAUAACAGCCUUGGAUCGUUUCAAGAGUCGUCUAAAGGACUAUCAAACGUACUGCGAACACGUCAGAACGAUACCUCACUUCAAUGAAUUCCCACAGCAUCUGAUAGAGUACAUAGAUUACGGGUUGCAAGGACAGGAGCCACCAUCGAGGCCGCAGGGUCCGGUUCUCCCGAAAACCUUGGCGGCGAUGUUGGCCCCCGUCACAACAACGUUUAAAACUAUAACGACGACCACUAUCACGACGAGCACUACGCAGGCAAAACCGUCUACGACCCCAACCACAUCUCUUACAGCCAGACCGUCCAUGCCGUCGGUCGCCAACGCGACUAACAUCGACACGUUGCUCGUAGCGACGGACAAGGAGGAAAAGAUAACGACACCACCGGAAGCUCUGCAGGACAAGACCGCUUUUAUCUUCAACAAUCUUAGCCAACUAAACCUGCAGCAGAAGUGCGACGAGAUUCGUGAGAUUGUCACGGAGGAAUACUGGCCGUGGAUGGCGCAAUACCUAGUUAUGAAACGUGCCAGCAUAGAAUUGAACUUUCAUGCUCUGUACUCGAAUUUCUUAGACUGCAUCAAAUUACCUGAAGUCAACAAAAUGGUCACGAGAGAGACAUUCCGAAAUAUUAAGGUUCUCCUGCGAAGUGAUAAGGGAAUAGCGAACUUUUCUGAUCGGUCUCUCUUGAAAAAUUUGGGUCACUGGCUUGGAAUGUUAACGCUUGGUAGAAAUAAACCUAUUUUACAGAUAGACAUAGAUCUAAAAAGUUUACUCGUCGAAGCAUAUCAUAAAGGGCAGCAAGAACUUCUUUACGUAGUACCAUUUGUCGCGAAAGUGCUUGAGAGCUGUGCGAAAAGUCGUGUUUUUCGUCCACCCAAUCCUUGGACCAUGGCAAUCAUGAAUGUCUUAGCAGAAUUACAUCAAGAACCUGACUUGAAGCUCAAUUUGAAGUUCGAGAUCGAAGUACUGUGCAAAAAUCUAAGCAUUGAUGUUGGAGAACUGAAACCGGUUGUCUACCUGAAAGAUCCCGACAAGUUGCGUAACCUGGAGUAUCAGUUGUCGCAUCCGAACAAAAAAUCGGAGACCACGAAUAAUCAACAACAAUCUCAAGGGCCUAUAGAGGAACUGGUUGGCUCAACAACCAGCGGCACAAUUAAUCCCCAAGUCGCCCCUCCCGCAAAUACGACACCUUCGUUGCCAGCCGGCCCGCCUGAGCCACGAUUUAAUUACAUGGAUAUAUCUAUAGGAGGCAUCGCCAAUAUAGCCCAACAUAUUACUAUCAACAAUCAAUUACCUCUCUUCCAAUCGCACCCUCAUCUGAAACAAUUCGUUCGACCAGCAGUUGAGAGAGCAAUUCAGGAAUGGAUUCAUCCUGUUGUUGAUAGGUCUAUUAAAAUCGCUCUCACCACCAGUGAGCAGAUUGUAAGGAAAGAUUUUGCAUUAGACCCAGAAGAGGUGCGAAUUAGGACAGCAGCGCGUCACAUGGCGCGCAACCUAACCGCCGGCAUGGCAAUGAUUACAUGUCGCGAUCAGAUUCUAGCAUCGAUCAGCACGAAUUUGAAACAAGCGUUCAUUGCCGCGCUAAUCACUACGACGCCGCAGCAGAAGGAUCUCGUCGAACAAGCUGCGAAUGUCGUUGCCGCUGACAACAUGGAACUGGCGUGUGCGUUUGUGCAAAAGACGGCUAUCGAAAAAGCAGUGCCCGAAAUGGAUAAACGCCUAGUGAACGAAAUGGAGCUACGAAAGAUGGCUCGACAAGAAGGACGAAGAUACUGUGAUCCUCUCGCCAAGUAUCAGGCUGAGAGAAUGCCGGAGCAAAUUAGACUGAAGGUGGGCGGCGUGACGCCCCAACAAAUGGCAGUGUAUGAAGAGUUCGCAAGAAACCUUCCAGGAUUUCAACCGCUAUCCGAACGUGACACACAGGCAUUGUUCAUGCCGAAACCUAUUUCUGAGACUCCUGUCACUACGUUUACACCAAAUUCAGCCGUGGCAGUUGCCACGGCGCAACAAGUGGCAGCUUACACAGCCGCGGUCAACAACGACGAAGUUGGGGCUAUGCUGGAAAAACUCGCAGCAGAAGUGGAAGUUUUACUGGCUGCCAUAGGGCCGGCAGCACCUCCGCCACAGCAUGCUGCUCUUCACAGUCUGUUGGAAUCGAUCAUUCUUACCAGAAGGUCGAGGGAUGGUGGAGCCGCCAUGGCGUUAUUGAAGAAGACUGUCGAGGGUUUGUUGGAUGGGCCUAUUAUUUCUAGCGGCGUCAUUGAAUCAGAAAACCUAAUACAGCGCUACAGAGAAUUGCAUUUGCGUAUCUUGAAGUGUCUUCAAGAUCCACGCGCGUACGGCAUGCAGUGGACCAAUAAGCAUGUGACUCGCUGCCUAACCGAAUGCAGAGAGGAAUUCCGAUACAAUUUCGAAGCCGUGGACUACCUCAUAAGAUCUCACCUGAUUAGUCUUCCACAAUACGAUGUAGCUCUGGCGCAAGCUAUAGAGGCGGGAAACACUAUGGCAACGGCGUUCGCCAUGCAACUGGUUCAACUCUAUCUCAUCGACGAAAGACAGGCGACUCACGUCACCGAGACUGAUCUAUUCCACACGAUUGAAACGUUAGCCCGAAUGGCACAUCACAGAACACCACCGGAAGGAAUCUUGCUGUUCAGGCUGACAAGUCUGGUAGAUUCCUUACGUGCCAAUCACGAUUCUGGCGUGCUAGUUGACAGAGCUCCUGCCGGACCGACGGCGCACAUUCAUUCCGGAAUCCUGCAGGUGAGAGCUCGCGAUUUUGAUGAUCCACCUGGCCUGAUGGAGAAAACGGAAUAUCUGUUGAGGGAAUGGGUGCAGAUGCAUCAUAAUCCGCAGCAUGCUCGCGAUCCUACAAAAGCCUUCAGUAUUUUUGUACAUCAGAUGAAUAUCCAUGGCAUUUUGAAAACUGAUGAUCUGAUCACAAGGUUCUUCAAGCUGAGCACUCAAAUGUGCGUCGAUCUGUGCUAUCGUUCGGUUACCGAAACCGCGGCAGCACCUUCGAUGCUACGGGCUAAGUGUUUUCAUUCACUGGAUGCGUUUGUUCGGCUUGUGGCGCUUUUGGUGAAACAUUCAGGCGAUGCUACCAAUACUCACACAAAGAUUAACCUCUUGAACAAGGUGCUUGGUAUCGUGGCCGGUGUGCUGUUACAGGAUCAUGAAAUUCGUGGCAUCGAUUUUCAGCAACUGCCAUAUCACCGUAUCUUCAUCAUGCUUUUCUUGGAACUGUGUGCGCCCGAGCCGGUGCUGGAAGCCGUAAACUUCCAAGUGCUGACAGCAUUUUGUCACACCCUGCACAUCCUACGACCGGCGAAAGCGUCAGGCUUCUGCUACGCCUGGCUGGAACUGGUCUCUCACCGAGUCUUCAUCGGACGUAUGCUGGCUAUCACGCCACAGCAGAAGUGUUGGGGAAUGUAUGCGCAACUUCUCAUCGACCUAUUCAAGUAUCUCGCGCCUUACCUGCGUAACGCUGAACUUGCCAAACCCGUGACGAGCCUUUACAAGGGUACGCUGCGAGUGUUGUUGGUGUUGCUGCACGAUUUCCCGGAAUUCCUGUGCGACUAUCAUUAUGGAUUCUGUGACGUCAUACCGCCCAAUUGCAUACAAAUGAGAAAUCUGAUCCUAAGUGCGUUCCCGCGUAAUAUGCGGCUGCCGGAUCCGUUCACGCCAAACCUGAAGGUCGACAUGCUGCAGGAGAUAGCACACGCGCCACGCGUACUCACCAAUUUUGCGUCCACGAUACAGCCGCUGACCUUUAAGAAGGAACUCGACUCUUACUUGAAAGCACGUGCCCCGGUUACCUUCUUGUCCGAGCUGCGCAGCAAUCUACAGGUGUCGCAGGAGGCCGGGGUACGCUACAACAUUCAGUUGAUGAACGCUCUCGUGCUCUACGUGGGCACGCAAGCUAUUGCGUUUAUUCGCAGCAAGGGCCACGCGCCGAACAUGUCCACCAUCGCGCAUUCCGCGCACAUGGACAUCUUCCAGAACCUGGCCGUCGAUCUUGACACCGAGGGCCGUUAUCUAUUUCUGAACGCCAUAGCAAAUCAGUUGCGGUACCCGAACAGUCAUACGCAUUACUUCAGCUGCACGCUCCUUUACCUAUUUGCUGAGGCGAACACGGAGGCGAUACAGGAGCAGAUCACCAGGGUUCUUCUCGAAAGACUGAUCGUUAACCGACCGCAUCCGUGGGGUCUCCUUAUUACUUUCAUCGAGCUGAUCAAGAACCCGACGUAUAAAUUCUGGUCACAUGAGUUUGUACACUGCGCACCCGAGAUUGAGAAAUUGUUCGAAUCCGUAGCUCGAUCGUGUAUGGUGCAAAAGCAGGUACCCACAACGGAGACGGAGAUCCCGGAGUGAUAGAUUGUUUUACCUUUCGCUAGGACUAUGUGUACAGUAAAAUGGAAACCAGUGACUGAAUACGUGUAAAAAGUUAUUUCGAAUAAGUGUGUACUAUUGGGUAUAAUUUCUCGUGAAGAAGUGGGGUAGACGCCGAGUAAAUAUCGUAUAUAUAAAAGUGUGUAUCAAUUUAUAUAGUGUUAUAAUAUAGUAUGUAAGAGACAAUUAUUACGUUAAUAUUUUAAUAAAAGAGGAACAUUGUGCGUGCCGACUAGGGGAACAACCUUAUAAGUUAUAACAUACAUACAUACACACACACCUCACCUAAAUGUGCUUUCGAAAAAUGUAUUUCAAUAUUGUGUAUUAUAUAUAAAGCGACAUUGUACACAUAAACACAGAUGUCAGUAUAUACAUAAUAAUAAUUAAUAAAGUGUAUCAUGAUGCAACAAGAAUUUGUGCAAAUAAGAAAUGGUGUUCAGC